ACUGCUAUGUGUACUCGCCCCAGAGCAGCACCCUAGGAAAAAGAUGGAGCAGAGGCUGAGGAAAAGAGCCCAGGUCCAGAGGAACCUCUUUGGCCCCACAGACCGUGAGCAGCUUCAGCAGGACUUUGAGCACGUGUUGCACAGCAGCGUGGAGGGGGCCCAGCAGAAGUGGAACUUUGAUUUCCUCCAAGAUGUGCCAGUGGAGGGGCUCCUGCACUGGGAAGAGCUGGAAGGCUGUGAGGUGCCUGCCUUCUACCACAGCAGCAUGCCUGUUUUAUGAAGGAGAUCUAUGCUACCAACUCAGUGAAGGGUACC